GUGCCUUUGCCGGUGAAGGCCCCACCCCGCGCGGCCCUGUUGGGCGGUCCGGGUCUCUGCCGCUUGCACCCUCUGGAGGCAGGAUCGGCACGGACGCUGCGGGAGUCGGCGCCAUGACCGUAUCGGGCCUAGCAGGGCUGCUCGGCCGCGGCUGGGCCACUAUGUGGGGAGCUGCAAGAUCACCCCUUCUGUGUCAUUCUUUGAGGAAAACGAGUUCUUCUCAAGGAGGAAAGUCUGAACCCAGCAAACAGUCCCUUAAGAAGCCAAAGUUACCAGAAGGUCGUUUUGAUGCACCAGAGGAUUCUCACUUAGAGAAGGAGCCGCUAGAAAAAUUUCCAGAUGGUGUUAAUCCUGUUACCAAAGAAAAGGGUGGACCCAGGGGCCCAGAACCUACCCGAUACGGAGAUUGGGAACGAAAAGGACGCUGUAUUGACUUUUAAGUCACACACUUUAACCUCAGUAUCUGUUUCUGAAUACAUACAUCUGAAUUAACUUAUUUCCGGUUAUUUAAUUUCUUUACAUCCUUUAAGUCAUCUGAUUUUUGCAAUGCAUUUAAAAAUAUAUAUGAUGGUUUUGGAAGAAAAUAUGCUACUGUAAGUUGGGAAAGGGAAAGUAUUUCUACAUUAAACCCAAAAACCAAUUGCUGUCAAGUCAGUUCCAACUUAGCACAUAUUAAUUUAAAUUUAAAUGUAUGGAGGUAUAGAAGUAAUGAUUAAAGUGGCAAACUUACUGCAGCAUUUUUUAAUUUAAUCAGUUGCUUGUAAAAUGCAAAUGUAAAUAAAAGAAAUUUUUUAGAUGGUUGUAUUGCUGUGUGCUGGGUAACAGUGGCUUUUCAAAUGUGAGUUAAAGAGUGCGUUGUAAUUUGAGAAAAUCUUUUAACUAGGAGCCAGAUUAUUAGGGUUCAAAUCCUGGCUCCACUAGUUACUAUCUGUGUGACCUUAGGUAAGUUACUUAACUGUUGCAGUAUCUUUAUGUGUAAAUUGGAAAGAAUAAUAAUUGGAAAUAAUAGCUCCAUAGGGCAGUGGAGAGGAUCAAGUGAGUAAUAAUUAAAUGAUUAAAUACACAUAAA